AAUUCCACACCGGCCUGGUGCCUGCCCUGCUCGCUCGCUCGCUCGCUCUAGUCCUCCCUCCGACUCCGAGACACGGAGUCCUCUUCCCUCCCCUCCCUGAACCUACAGCUUCGUCGUCACCCCGCCGGCGCUCCCUUCCUCCCCUGGUCCGCCCGGAUACAGGUUCCCUCCUGAGCGCGGGAAGAAGUUCCCGGUGAAGCUUGAAUCGAGAAGUGGUGUUAACAUCAUCAGGGAGAAGUUGGAUUAGUCCGCCAAAGUGCUCGAUGACAGAUCAUUUUGCUCUAAGUCUAGGUGCUCUUUUUCUGUUGUUGCUAAGUACCAGUGGUUUCAGCUCUGAACUUGAUGUCCAAUGCUUGAGAGACGUUCAGAAAUCGGUGAUUGAUCCAAAUGGUAUACUCAAAUCCUCAUGGAUUUUUGAUAACAGCAGUGCGGGUUUCAUAUGCAAAUUUACUGGUGUGGAGUGCUGGCACCCAGAUGAGAAUCGAGUUCUUACAUUGCGCCUCAGCAACCUUGGUCUUCAGGGUCCAUUCCCUAAAGGUCUUAAGAAUUGUACCAGUAUGACUGGGCUGGAUCUGUCAAGUAACAGCUUUACUGGCGUCAUCCCUUCAGACAUCGAGCAGCAAGUGCCAAUGUUGACAUCUCUGGACCUCUCCUAUAAUAGUUUCUCAGGAGGAAUUCCAAUACUUAUUUAUAACAUUUCAUACCUAAACACCCUUAAUCUUCAGCAUAACCAAUUGAGUGGUGAAAUCCCAGGGCAGUUCAGCGCCCUUGCUCGGUUACAAGUGUUUAAUGUUGCUGACAACCGACUAUCAGGGAUUAUUCCAAGUUCUCUACGGAACUUCUCGGCAUCAAACUUUGCUGGUAAUGAAGGACUGUGUGGGCCUCCAUUAGGUGACUGCCAAGCUUCAGCAAAGAGCAAGAGCACUGCAGCAAUCAUUGGGGCUAUUGUUGGAGUGGUAAUUGUCGUCAUUAUUGGUGCAAUAGUUGUGUUCUUUUGUCUGCGGAGGAAACCAGCCAAGAAGAAGGCAAAGGAUGAGGAUGAUAAUAAGUGGGCAAAGAGUAUCAAAGGAACAAAAACUAUCAAGGUAUCUAUGUUUGAGAAUCCAGUUUCAAAGAUGAAACUAAGUGAUCUCAUGAAAGCCACAAACCAAUUCAGCAAAGAGAACAUCAUUGGUACUGGGAGGACAGGAACUAUGUACAAGGCAGUGCUACCUGACGGUUCCUUCCUAGCUGUCAAAAGGCUACAAGACUCGCAACAUUCUGAAUCACAGUUCACAUCGGAGAUGAAGACACUUGGUCAAGUGAGGCACCGGAACUUGGUUCCGCUCUUGGGAUUUUGCAUUGCCAAGAAGGAGAAGUUGCUGGUGUACAAGCACAUGCCCAAGGGCUCACUCUAUGAUCAGUUAAAUCAAGAGGAAGGUAGUAAGAUGGACUGGCCAUUGAGGCUACGAAUCGGCAUUGGUGCAGCAAAAGGGCUUGCAUAUCUCCACCAUACCUGCAAUCCUCGAGUUCUUCACCGCAACAUCAGCUCCAAAUGCAUCCUCUUAGAUGAGGAUUUCGAACCAAAGAUAUCGGACUUUGGCCUUGCUAGGCUCAUGAACCCAAUAGACACCCAUCUCAGCACCUUUGUCAAUGGGGAAUUCGGAGACCUUGGUUACGUGGCACCAGAGUAUGCGCGUACUCUGAUGGCCACGCCAAAGGGCGAUGUCUACAGCUUUGGUGUGGUUCUCCUUGAGCUUGUCACCGGCGAGAAGCCUACCCACGUUUCCUCGGCCCCGGAGAAUUUCAGAGGGAGCCUAGUGGAAUGGAUCAAUUAUAUGUCCAACAACGCACUUCUCCAAGACGCUAUCGAUAAGUCGCUGGUAGGGAAGGAUGCUGAUGGUGAGCUGAUGCAGUUCCUGAAAGUUGCGUGUUCCUGCACGCUCGCCACCCCGAAGGAGAGACCAACCAUGUUUGAGGUUUACCAGCUCGUUAGAGCCAUUGGGGAAAGGUACCAUUUCACUGCCGAUGAUGACCUGGUGCUGCCACCUCUUAGCACAGAUGGUGAUGGUGUAACCCUCGACGAACUCAUUGUUGCCAAGUAAUUGCAAAAUUCAUAUGUCGCAGAAGACAAAACAAGACUGAAUGUCUUCUCUUUUUUUUCCCCCUCCGAGGGAAUUAGUAAUGGUGAAGUGAGUAUAUGUAGUACCAAUUAGUAGCAGGAUAAUACUGCAUCCGCUGUAUAGUUGUUGUAGCUUGGUUGUUACCCACCCUUUGGAGAUGAUAGUAGCUGUAAAGGAUAAUUUCCAUGUAACCAAUUUGGGGGCUAGGUUGUUGUUACUUGUAAGUUUGUUACCCUUGUGUCAUGGGGUUUCCCUGCCA